AUGGUUUCUGUGCCGCUUUCCAUUCUGGGCGUUUCUGUACUUGGAGCUUCAUGCUUUGCAGCAAAAAAUGUCAAAGAGAAACGAAAAGAAAAGCACAAUGGGGGGCCGAGUGCAUCUGCCAAUGAAUCUAUACCUAACUUUGAGUAUGAAGAACUUGAAAGUGCCACCAAUUACUUUGAUCAGUCCAAUAAACUGGGCCUAGGAGAAUCAGGAUCUGCAUACAAGGCUGUACUAUCAGAUGGGACGACUGUAGCCAUAAAGCGACUAUCUAACAAUCCAAUGCAAUCAAUGGAUGCAGUCUUGAAAGAUGUCGAUUUGAUCAGUGGCAUUCAACAUCCAAAUCUUGUCCAAUUGCUGGGUUACAGUAUUAAAGGCUCAGAAAUUCUCCUUGUUUAUGAAUAUGUUCCCAACGAAAGCCUUGAUCAUUUCCUAGGUAUUGCCAACAAACCAAUACUAAGUUGGGAUAUGAGGAAAAAUAUCAUCGUGGGAACUGCAAAAGGUUUGGCUUAUCUUCAUCAGGAAUCAAUCAUACAUGGAGACAUUAAACAGAGGAACAUACUUCUUGAUGAGAACUUCACAGCGAAAGUUGCAGAUUUUGGUCUUGCUAGAUUCUUCCAAGAAGGUGGCACUCGUGUUGGUACUGCUGAUGGCAGAAAUCUGGGAUACCUGGCCCCAGAGCGUCAUAUCCGUGGAAAUUCAACAGAAAAGGCAGACAUUUACAGCUUUGGGAUGCUUAUAAUUGAUAUAGUAACUGGGAAAGGAACCGCUCCUUUCCUUCGGAACGUCGGGUGUUCUCUGCAGACGUUCAUAACUAAAGGUGAGCUUUCUUGUCAGAUUUGGAGCUUUUAUCUGUCGGACAAUCUAGCUGAAUGCGUGGAUCCAAAGCUAAGGGGAAAGUUUCCGAAACGGGAUGCACUUCGUGUGCUUAACAUUGGACUUGUUUGUGCUCAAGCAUCAGAUGAACUCCGUCCACCAAUGUCCAAAGUAGUGAAGAUGCUUACUGAUGGAAAUUGCGCCAUCCCUCCCCCACCGCAUCCAGCUCCAUUUGAUCUCUGA